GCACCUGGAAAAAAAAGAAGCACACACUUUUCUCUGGAGUCUCUGCUUGCUCACUCCUUUCCCUUGGCUGCUUAUUCCUGGGCAUAAACUCCAAAUGUUGGUCCAACUGAGGACAGCUUUUCAACAGGCUGGGAAGAUGUCCGAAUGCAACCUGUCCAAACUGGAAGCCAACAUCCUUGUCAUUGGAGCUGAGAAAGUGGGGAAAUCAGCGUUGACAGUCCGGUUUCUGACCCGAAGAUUUAUUGGAGAAUAUGGGAAUAUCGAAUCCAUUUACAGUCACAACAUGAUGAUGGGCGGCCGGGAGGUUCACGUCAGCAUCUGGGACUCCGUCUACCCUCAGACAGCCGAGUUCCAGGGCUGCAUGAAUGAGAAGCAGGUCCGCUGGGCCGACGGUUUCAUUCUGGUCUACAGCAUCUGUGACCGCACCAGCUUCCAUUUUGCCCGCCAACAGCUCCAGCAGAUCCAGCAGCUGAAGAGGAGAAGAGGGGCCGUGAAAGUGCCCGUUAUCCUGGUGGGGAACAAACGGGACUUGCAGCACCGGCGAGCCGUUUCCAGCGAGGAAGGACGACUCUUGGCUCUUUCCACAGACUCAAGCUUUUUUGAGAUCUCUGCUGCAGAGACCUACCACGGAACCUUGGUGGUCUUCCACGAACUUCUGGACAUGGUGCGGGAUUCCCGGAGCUCCGCCAAAAAGACUGUGAGCAUCCGAGGACUCGUACGGAGCAUGUCAGCUGUCUUUGGGAGAAGGAGGACUGAUUGAGGUGGCCUGGUGAGGGGAAAGCCAGGAAUAAAGACAGGAUUCUAGAGACACCUGGAGCAGUAAGUGCAGUGGUGGCUGUUCAGCUACAUGAACUCGGAAUCUCAGAUGAAGUUGCCACAGAAGGGAAACGUGGAAGGUUCCCGCACCAGGUUCCAGGAACUACGGACAACUACAAAUGUACCAAAUGUUUACCAUGUCCUUUUUGGCUGGGGAGAGUAAUGUGAACAAUAGCUAACUGUAUUUUCUCUUGCCGGCAUGAUUUUGCAUCUUUGGAAAUCCUUGUGUUUCCACUUUCAAAACAGUGUUAUCAUGGCUUAGCCUCAGAACUGGGUUUUAGUGUGAAAAAGAAUAAAGAGGGUGCUUUUGACCAUGCGCAGAAUGCCAUUCUGUGGUUGCCAAGCAGCCACAACCAGCUCCGAUAUGGGGGGGGGGGAGCAGGCCUUCCAAGUCAGACCAUAUGACUUUCAUGCAGGCGUGACCCCAGCACUUCUCUUCAUAAAAAUAAUUCCUUUGCAAGUUAGCUGAUUUGAAAGAAGCCAGGCAAUUAUAUGACUUCUUGAAGGCUCACAAUGUUGCUGUGAAACCUUUCGGAGACCCCGCAGGGAUUAGUGAAAUGAUUAGGUUGAUUGGGAACAAAAUAACGGGGCUCAAUUGAUCUCAUGUCAAUUCAGUGCAAGAACCCUGCUGAAUCUGACAGCGUGAGACACCAGCCCGCGCACAGAACUUUUGCCGUAAUUACGUGCUUAAAGGUAGAGGCACUGCCACACCGUUUCGAGUUUUAUGCACAGCAUAUGAUGAACACCACUGAGAUGGUUUCUGAUCUCAGUUGCACACAAAGUAAUUUCUCUUUCAUAAGACGGGUGGGACAGCUAAGUAGCAGAGCUUUCCAGAAUUUUUUUUAAAAAUGUGCAUGGAGAAAAAAAAAUCAACAUUUUCGUUUCUGCUAAAGAAAACUGAAAAUGUUUUAUCGUUAUUGCUUGUUCAUCAUGCAAGUUUGCGUGUAAACUUUAGAAAUAAAAUGCAAAAUAGACCUCGCCCCAUUUUACAACCAGAAAUAUAUAUAUAUCUGUAUGUAUAUUUAAAUACAAUUGUAUAAUGGACAAGGUCUAAAGAAAUGUACAGCUCGUUAUUUGCCUGAAAUGGGGCUCUGGAGAAGUCUCUUGAACAGCAGCUGUUCCGUACUGCAUGGCAAACUGUGUUUAAAAUGGAAAGGAAUUUCAAAAGCGGGUGAUUGAUAUGGCAAAAUAAUCUGCUCUUCAUAUGGACAUCAAAAGAGCCCUGCUGGAUCAGACAAGUGAUCCAUUGAGUCCAGUAUCCUGUUUCACACAGCGACUAACCAGUUGCCUGGAAGGCCAACAAAUAAGGCAUAGAGGCCAAUGCCUCUUCCUUAAUGUUGCCUCUUUGUUCUAGUGUUCAGAAGUCUGCUGCUCUGAAUAUGAAGGUUCCCUUUAGUUGCUCUGGCUUGUAGCCGCUGAUGGACCUCCAUCACUCCAUCUAAUCUUUUUAAAGCUAUCUUUGCCCGUCACUAGGUCCACUGACAGUGAAUUCUACAAUUUAAUUGUUCAUUGCGCACAGAUUUCCUUUUGUUCAUCCAGAAUCUAUUGCUAAUCAGUUUCAGUCAUUGCCCUUAAAUCUAAGAAAUCCCAGUGGAUCUACUGGCCCAAGUCCUUUGGUGCACCUGAAGAAGUCUUUGAAGCUUGAUCCAUACGUCUAAUUGUCAAAUAUCCAUGAUUUUCCAACCAUCCAGUAUUGUAUUGGCAGAAAUUGGUAAAUGCCUUUAUCACAUAACCAGUAAGAGGCACCUAAAAAUCUACUGCAUUUCAGAUCCUGAUAGAUUUUGUCCACUGCCUCCAUUCUCCACUGCAAGACUCUGGCUUGGCUAUGUCUGUGAUCCACCAGACUCCUCUGGGUUCUACCUCUGGCUCUAAAGAGUUUGUCCAAGCUCUGCUUAGCCAGUUCUGGGUCUGCUCAAUAGGCAGUAUUCUCAAAAGAUAAAAAUGUACAAGCAAUCAGAAAUUACUAUGGUUUCUUCUCCCAUAGCUUGAAUCCGGCUUACUGGCUAACAAAUUUUAAUGUUGCUUCAAUAGUUUAACUUCAUGCUUCAAAUGGGCUGGUCACCAUUUAUUUUUAUUUGAAUACAUUCACCAUUGUUUCAGGAAGGAGAGGGCAUGUGGCUUUAGUGGGGACAUGUGGGGUUAGUGACAUCACUGGUUUCUGGCCAAUCAAUGCUAUGCACACCCCUGAUAUUCUCUGCGCUAGAUCCAGGACAAAAGAACAUACAUUUGAACAAACGUGGUGAACUGGCUUACCACUCAGAUUAUUUAUUUAUUUUAUUGUAUUGUAUUUAUACCCCGCCCUCCCCGCGAACGGGCUCAUGUGCCUAUAAGGCACCCACAAAUCAGUAAUUGGCAACCUUAAUAAUGUAGUCUCACAAUUAAAAGAAAUAGCUUAAUGGUUUCCAGUUAUUUCCACAGUGGAAUUCUA